GCGCUUAUCCGUCUCUCUCCCAGUCCCAAUCUCGCUUCUCUUCAGUCUCCCCGUUUCCCCGACCAAACCCUAGCUCCCGCCGCGCGCCGCCGGACGAAUCCGACCAAUCGCCAUGGCUGCGGCGGCGCGGGUCCCUGCUCUGAUGGACGAGCUCGUCGAGGAGAUCAUCGUCCGCCUCCCGCCGACGGAGCCCGCCAACCUCUUCCACGCCGCCCUCGUCUGCAAGCCCUGGUGCCGCCUCAUCUCCGGGCCCCGCUUCCGCCGCCGGUUCGGCGAGCUCCACCGCACGCCCCCCAUGCUCGGCUUCUUGUGCAACCGCAUCGACGUGUCCCGCUUCGUCCCCACCGGCGCCUUCCGCCCGCCCCACGCCGACAACCGCGGCUGGAACGCGAUCGACGCUCGCCACGGCCGCGUCCUCUUCCGCACCUCGGGCUGGGGGCCUCGUAGACUCCUCAUCUGGAACCCUGUAACGGGCGAGGAGCGCCAGCUGCCCUUGGUGGGGCCUCUGCUCGCGCGCGACUGGAACGCGGCUGUGCUCUGUGCGGCCGGCGGCGCGUGCGACCACCUCAACUGCCACCGCGGACCCUUCCUCGUCGUCUUGGUGGCCACCGGAGACGAGCACAUUACUCUGCGGGUCUACUCAUCGGAAACUGGCUCCUGGAGUGAGCCGACCUAUGUCGCUCAGUUCCCAAAUUACAAAGUCGAUAAGCUGGCCGUGCCUGCCAUUGUUGGGAAUGCGCUCCAUUUCGUGAUUGACUCGAGCAGGAGAAUUCUCAAGUACGAUUUGGCCACACGGGAAACCUAUGUGUUUCUCCAGCCUCCUGUGUCCUAUGGGUACCAUACCACAAUCAUGACAAUGGAGGAUGGCGGGCUGGGAGUCGCAAGAAUGAAAGGGCUCAGUCUCUCCCUGUGGUCAUGGGAGGCAAAAUCCGACGGAGGCAUGGGAUGGGCACAGAUCAGAGCCAUUGACCUCGCGAAGCUACUCUCUGUCAAUGCCCACUCCGUUUGUUCUGAUUUUGUUGUCUUUGCACAUGGUGUCGGAAUCUUUUUUGUGGGCACAGAUGAUGGGCUAUUCAGUUUUGAUUUAAAGUCUGGCCAGGUGAGGAAGAUAUGUGAGGGGGAUCGCCGUUACAAUGACAUCCGUGGCGUUGUUCCCUAUAUGAGCUUCUACACUCCAGCAUUGGAAGCAUAGCCUACAGGCAAGGGAGCAAGAAUCGGUGCUUUAGGUGCAUUAAAAGCUUAAAAUGCAGAUCCACUCAUCCACAGGCUUCUCAGACGAGUGGAGAUCAGGUCAUGGUAAUGGUUGAUGGUAGAAGCUUUAUGAUGGGCCAGUUUUAUAGCAUCAGUGAGGUUAUUUGUGGCCUUAGUUUGUUAACCUUUAAGGGUUCUGUUUUUUGUUUUAGGGACUGUAUCUCUCAAUUUUUUUCAUUUGUCCAUUGGCCUUGUCUGUAAACUGGUUAACCUACUCUGCAUGCCUACUCCAUGUGUAUUCCAAGGCUUUAGCUAGGUUGCACCAAGCCUGGAAUGGAUAUGCUUAUGAGAAUGAUAAUUUGCAAUUUAAACAGUGCAGCUAUGGAAGACUGAGUCAUACUGA